AUGUCGAUCAGAGCAGAAUUAUUCAUUAACGGCGAAUACCGCCAAUCCUCCUCCUCCGAAACCCUAACAAUCCACAGCCCCCACGAUGACUCCCUCAUCACAGACCUCGUCCAAGUCGCCUCCCCAAAAGACGUCGACGACGCCGUCUCUGCCGCAAAAGCCGCGUUCCCCUCCUGGCGCGACACAGCCGGCCACAAACGCGCACGCAUCAUGCUCAAAUUCGCCGACCUUCUCGAACAACACGUCGAAAUGCUCGCCCACCUCGAAUCCAUCGCCAUGGGCCAACCCAUCUCCGUCGCCAAAAAGAUGAUCCUAGGCCCCAUCGCGAUCUGGCGGUACUACGCCGGCUUCGCGGGGAAACUCCCCGGCGAAAGCUAUCCACCCGACGAAGACGGAACAUACAAGAUCGUCCAGUACGAGCCCCUAGGUGUCUGCUCAGGAAUCUGCGCUUGGAACGGAAGCCACGUCCUCGCAGCAUGGAAGAUGGCUCCCGCAGUCGCAGCAGGGAACACCUUUGUGCUAAAAAGCAGCGAGAAGAGUCCCCUCUCCCUCGCAGCAUACGGCGACCUCCUCAACGCGGCAGGUUUUCCAAAAGGUGUAAUCAACAUCAUUACCGGCGCCGGUGCCGUCGGCGAAAUGCUCGCAAAACACAUGGACAUCCGCAAAAUCGCAUUUACAGGCUCCGCACCCGCCGGCCGAGCCGUACAAAUCGCAGCCACGAAAUCAAACAUGAAGCGCGUCACUCUCGAAUUAGGCGGGAAAUCUCCAGCUUUGAUUUUCGACGACGCGAAUAUUGAGAAUGCGGUCUUUCAUAGUGCGGAGGGGUUUCUGAGGAAUUCGGGGCAGAUUUGCUUCGCUUCGUCGCGGGUAUUGGUUCAGGAGGGAAUUGCGCAGGAGUUCAUCAGAGCUGUUAAGAGCGCGUUUGAGGAUGCGAGGACGAAAAUGGGGGAUCCGUCGAGUGGUGAGACGUUGUUUGGGCCGUUGGCGGAUAAAAAGCAGUUUGAGCGUGUGAUGGGGUUCUUGGCUGAUGGGAAAGCCGAAGGUGUCGAGGUCCUUGUUGGAGGAGAGAGAAUAGGUGACAAGGGAACGUAUGUCCAGCCUACUGUCCUUUUGAAUCCCGGGUUAAAUUCGAAAGUCUACACGGACGAGAUCUUUGGGCCGGUGAUUUCGGUGCGGACGUUCAGGGAUGAGGAGGAGGCGAUUGCGCUGGCGAACAAUACGGAGUAUGGCCUUGGUUCGACGAUUUAUACGCAGGAUAUUGGACGAGCUCUGAGGGUUGCGAGUAAGAUUGAGGCGGGGACAGUUGGUAUUAAUUCGGCUUUUGCGACGUCUCCUCAGACGCCGUUUGGUGGGUUUAAGCAGAGUGGGUAUGGGAGGGAGAGUGGUGUUGAGGGGAUGAAGAAUUAUUUGCAGCCGAAGACGAUCCAUGUCAAUAUGAUGGUACCGCCGAAGAAGGUGUGA